AUGGCAGAGUCGUUGCUUCAGCCAAUUGGCAGUCUCUCGCCGGCCGAGGCCCUGGAGCUGGCCCAGAAAGCCCCCGAGAUCUUACGAAAGAAUCCCAGGGCCUUCUCGGCGUCGCCGUUGUUCUCGCUCUUCGCUACUCCAGAGACCGCCGAUACUUGGACGAUAUACGAGAACCUGAUGAUAUCAUGUCUUCAAACUGGCGACGACGAGUCUGCCAAAGAAUGCCUCGAAAGAAUAAUCACUCGAUUCGGUGAUUCACAUGACAGGGUAUUGGCGUUAAAGGGGUUGGUCAAGGAAGCGACGGCGUCCGACACGUCGGAGCUGGAGAAGAUAUUGGAGGAAUACGAGGCUCUGCUGCAGCAAAGUGAUGUUAAUAUUGUGAGUGGCCUUCUUCCUCGGACAUGUCUGAGUCAUGGUGCUAAGCCAACGGAGCCUAUCUGGAAGCGCAAAGUAGCCCUCCUCCGAUCCAUGGGCAAGGUACCGGAGGCUGUCACGGCGCUGAACUCGCUGCUGGAUGUUUGUCCUACUGAUCCCGAAGCAUGGGCUGAGCUGGCCGACAUGUAUGCCACUCAAGGGCUGUAUGCUCAAGCCGUCUACGCACUAGAAGAGGUUCUUGUACUGUCGCCUAAUGCCUGGAACAUUCAAGCCCGGCUCGGCGAAGUAUCACUGAUGGCUGCCACAACAGCACCGCAGGGAGGAUCAGAGAAACACUACGCAGAAGCUGUAAAGCGCUUCUGUCGCAGUAUAGAGCUUUGCGAUGACUACUUGCGCGGCUAUUACGGCCUGAAGCUUGCUACGGAUAAAAUCAUACAAAAUGCACCCAGGUCGAGGAAAGACUCGGACGGAUUCCAGCUACCUGACCAAGGAACCGUUGAAAAGCUGAAUGAAGCAGCUACCAAGAAGUUGGGCGAAAUCGUGCGUCGCAACGGGGCCAAGGACAAGCUGUGGCAAGGUUACGACCCCAUUGAGAUUGCCGCAGCUCGAGAACUUCUAGACAGCUCAUCUACCGAGGUGGUUCGGUAG